AUGUUCUCCUUUUUGUCCCGGCUUUUUGGUUUGAACGCACUUACUUCUGAUCCGGUCAGAGAGAAUUUUGUGAACGAAUUGAACAUGUCCAAAUACACUUUAUCCCCAACUUACGAGUUACCAUUAUGUGUGACUCACAAAGAAGUAGAGAACUUAAUAAAACAACACAAACUUGCCCCUCUCUAUGAAACAGACGACGUCUUAAGUGAAAGUGACAAGACUUGUAUCGUGUGUUUUGGUACAGUCCGCCAAGGGAUGAAUUCAUUGAAUUGUUGUCAUGGGAAGCGAUAUAUCUGCACUCAAUGUUUAUUGUUAGACCCCACUUUUGAUGUGAAGAAGCUCGAAAUGUAUUGUGAUCUAUGUAAAGAGAAGACACACAUCACUGUCGCUCCAGUCAAUAUCGAAGCAGAAGUCAAUAUCAUCUCACAUAGAAUAACAAAUCAAUUAGAAAAAGUCAACCAAAAAAUUGUUAGGAGAUUUCAUUCUUUUGGAAUCGCAUUAGAUCCUAGUAUUAGUCCAGAAACUUAUAACUCAAUCGAUAUUAAAGAUUUGACUGACGCUGAAAUGGCUAGAGCAAUAUUAGUCAGCUUGUCGUAA